UGAUCAGUGAGUUGUGUUUGUGAAAUCAUAAGUGAAGUGAAUAAUGCCGCCGAAAACUAGUGGAAAGGCAGCCAAGAAGGCUGGCAAAGCCCAGAAGAACAUCACCAAGAGCGACAAGAAGAAGAAGCGCAAGAGGAAGGAGAGCUACGCCAUCUACAUUUACAAGGUCCUGAAGCAGGUCCACCCCGACACGGGCAUUUCGUCGAAGGCGAUGAGCAUCAUGAACAGCUUUGUGAAUGAUAUCUUCGAACGCAUUGGUGCCGAGGCUUCUCGUCUGGCUCACUACAACAAGCGCUCGACUAUCACCAGUCGGGAGAUCCAAACGGCUGUUCGCCUACUUCUGCCCGGAGAGUUGGCGAAGCACGCCGUCAGUGAGGGAACCAAGGCUGUCACCAAGUACACCAGCUCCAAGUAA